AUGGAAGCAGCAAAAAAGAACGUCGCUGAAACACAUGCGUCAGAACCUAGAGUUUCGGACGUACACAAGGUGAAGGCCGUCGCGGAGGCGAACGUGACGCAGCGAGAAUGCUAUCGCUGCGGCUCAGCGAAACAUGGAAGCCGGGUAUGCCCGCACAUUGCGGAUAUCUGUUUCAAGUGUAACAAAAAGGGGCAUGUCCAAAGAGUGUGUCAUGCUGACAAAGAAAAGAAAUCGAAGUGGACGCCACGUAAGGCGAUGAAGAAACUGGUUCCUGUUCAAGACCCAGUUGGCAUGAAGGAAAUGACCACGUCUGGUAUGGAACCAAUAAAACUCACAAUAAACGUGCAGGAAGUUGCCUUGGAAAUGGAACUGGACACAGGAGCAACUGUUUCUGUCAUGUCACUGCAACAGUUUCGUCAGAUAUCUCCUUCAACAAAGAUCAUGCCGACGACGCUCAAGCUGCGCACGUUCAAGGGAGACAUCGUUCAGCCCGUCGGGGUUGCUCACGCCAACGUGCAGUACGGACAGCAGAGGACCGAGCUUCCCCUCUACAUCACAAGAGAAAAGGGACCACCUCUGCUCGGCCGGCAGUGGCUGCAAGCGAUCCGAUUGGAUUGGAAUCGGAUUUUCGGGAUCAACAGCAUUGCCAGGUCAGAUGUUUUGGCGCUUUCCGAACAACGCACAAAGCUUGCUACGACCGAGCGCACUGUGAGGUGCCUACGUGAACUUUUCUGCAGGUUCGGAAUUCCGGAAACAAUCGUUUCAGACAACGGGCCGCAGCUGGUGUCCGAGGAAUUCAAGGUGUUCAUGAGGAACAACGGGGUCAGACACGUCGUGAGCGCCCCAUACCACCCGAGCACAAACGGCUUGGCAGAACGGUUUGUGCAGACACUGAAGUCUGCACUACGCAAGUCAUCCGCUGGUGAGUCUCUGGAAGAAGCAUUGCAACACUUUUUGCUGACGUACCGGAAUACUCCACAUUCAACAACAGGAGAGACGCCAGCAAACUUGUUGAUGGGCAGAAGAUUGCGUUCCAGGUUGGAUGUAAUCAAGCCUACGGUAGAGGGGAAAGUGAUCCACAAGCAAUUUAUACAAAGUAAGCAACGGAGGACAAGCAGAGAAGAAAUCUGCCCUGGUGACAAUGUCCUCGUGCGAAAUAACAGGAGUUCGCCGAGGUGGUUACGUGGUACCGUCCUCAAGAAGACUGGUCCAGUAUCUUACCAAGUCCAGGUUACCACGCCUCGAGGCAAGUUCAUCUGGCGUCGGCACCUCGAUCAACUUUUGAGCCAAACACGGCCAACGGCAACGCCGGUACCUUUGGACACCGACGACGCUGAGGGGUUCCUGGUCUUUUCACCAGGCGAGCCAAGUGUCCCGGCCACGGUACAAGAGCAUGGGCCACAGCAGCCUCACACCAUCCCGCAACGGGAUCCUGUACCUCCUACAGGCCGAUCUACUUCUGAAGGACGCUACCCAUCGAGAGAACGGCGUCCGCCUGACAGAUACCAAGCUCGCUCCUAA